UCUAUAUAGUCCUGUCUCGGGGCUCAAGGUAUCAGUUCAUUCUUCACUUGCGGUAGCAUUUCCAUUGAUUUUCAACUUGCAACAAAUCAACAAUCCAAUUAUGGCCGUGGGACUUCCGACAAGCGCGAAAAGCCCUGUCCUGAACAGACUGCAGGUCUUGCAGGCGCAGAACCCUCAAUACCAUGCCGUACUCUGGGCUUCUGAUGGAGGAUCUCUCAAGCUUCUGCCCGGAACGCGAUGGGUUCGCAAGGGAGUUGAACUUAUCCAGUUCAGUAAUCGCUGGAACCUCACUACUGUUACGCAUCAUUUCGAAUACUACAUUAUCAUCGAGGGGGCCUUUCAAUACCGCAACAAGUACAUGAAAGCAACCAAUUACUGGGAUUACGUGGGCUCAACGGCCGGCUUUGACUUUGAGAAGCGGCAAGGUGUCAUGCAGUCCAAAACUGAAUUCUGUGCCAAAUCCUGGAUGAAGCAUCUCCCCGACGAACUAUGCGUAAAGGAUUUGACCCUACCGGGAACUCGUUGCAGCAGUGCCUCAACGUAUUGGAUCAAUGAUGUCGCGAAUAUCGACGUUGAGCCAGAAAUUAGCGACAAGAAGCUGAAGUCAAAGUUGCUCAAUAUGCACAAAUGCCAUAAGGACAGUAUUCGCACUCAAUUGCAAAAUGGCAUUCGACUACUCGACUUGCGCUGUGACGGAGAACGCAGACUGCGACAUGGCCCCCUGGUUCUUGAAAAGCAACUCGACGACGUACUUGAUCAUGUCAGGGACUUCUUGAAAGAAAACAAGGAUGAAACGGUCAUGAUCAUGCUGAGUUUCUCAUCCGCGUCCGCGACGUAUGACUCCGCCAAGCAUUGGUCCGAAGGUUACAGCAUCAAUUAUGACGAUGUGCCAAAUAACUUCAACAAAGACUUCAAGAGGGAUAUGAAGAAAGAAAAGCUGCUGUACACGGGUAAAAAAUGGCCACUUCUUGGCGAGGUCCGCGGAAAGGCCGUCAUCUUUCGUGGGUGGGACGUGAAUUCUGAAGAAGACCGAUGGGGAUUGGAAUGCCGGUUGCCAGUUUGGGUGGCCGCGCGCAGUUCCACAUCAUCCAUCAAGGCCGACGAUCUUGCCGCUCAGAGAUGGGAAGACCUGGCAGGAGACUUCAGUAGCCGAGACUCCCUCAAAUCGAUCGUGCUGGCGGCUUGUCUGCAUCACGAUCCGACAGACGAAACAGGUUGGGUUGCUCCAUUACAGACGGCACCCAUCCUCCAGAACAAGGCAGAGGAACACCUUAAGAACUCCACAAGAAAGAUGAAGCAUUUGUGGGUGUAUGGAGAUGACAUGAAGGAGAAGACGAACAUGGCUAUUGCAAAGUUGAACUUUUGGGGUUCAGACGACGAGGGACCCAGUCGGCCACCGCCGCUAUCAUUCCAUUCGGCACCUCCAAAAUUGAUCACUACUAAGUGAUGGUGAGCAUCGAUAUUGUCAUAGAGCUAGCUUAGGGGAAGCAUGUGAUUUUAAUUCGACUUCUUUGCGUGUUGCGUACCAACGAUUCCUAUGACUCUGUCAACGGCCGUAGAGACACGCGAUAGGUUUCCAAGAUAUUAUUCCGCUAGACGCGAUGAGAAUGGAAAAAUCAGUUUCGGCGGGAACAAGUACAC